AUGUCGCUAAACGAUUUGGAAUAUCUUGUGGCCACCAAAGAGGACCAAAGCGAAAUUCUAGACUUCCUACUCACAUAUUUCUACAAGGAAGAGCCGUGCACCAAGGCGCUCAAACUCGCGAAAGAGGAAGUCGGGCCGUUGUACGCGUCGAUCAUCGAACGCUGCCUGCGAUAUCCGUUCAGCACAGUCGUCCGAACGCCGACCGCCGGCAUCGUCGGCGUUCUGCUCAACUCGGUGUGGCGACGCGACGACGAGGCGUCGAGCGGCGGCGACUACGACGACGGCGAGCACGCGUCGCCCAACAUGUCGGCAUUUGUGCGAUUCCUCAAUCGUGCGCACGACGAUCUUUGGGAUUUGUUGCCGCCAAAUGUCGACGCGGUUCUUCACAGAGAAAUCUCGUCGGUGGCAACGGCGUUCCAACGAAAUGGCAUCGCCACAAAAAUGCUGACGGCGAAUGUGUCGUCGUCGAGACUCGACGAGUUCAACAUUGGCGGUGUGCUAUCGGAGACGUCGUCGUUCGCGAAUCAGACGCUUCUCGCCAAACACGGCUUCAAAUGUCUCAAAGAAUUGGCGUAUUCGGAAAUGAGGAACGCGCGAGGCGACCGCGUUUUGACGGCGCCUCUCGAUGGAGCACACGCUCUUCGGCUCAAUUAUAAAUCGAUCGACGAAUUCGAAUUUGAGAAUUAA